AUGUUACGAUUUUCUCCCCUGCCUGCAAGUUGGUACAGAGCCGAAACCCAACUGUCUUCCAAUGGAGGUUUGUGCAAAUGGAGGCCAAGUUGCUGUUGUGGUGGUAUGGUUGGUAGGUUAUGGUUUCACGUUCCGCUGCAGAUUAAGAAGGCUCUCAAGGGUCUGAGAGUUGAGGUCUCCCACCGAGGACAGGUGCGCAGGAAGUACCGCAUCAAUGGCUUGACAAAGCAGUCUAGCAGAGAUUUGAGGUUCAAAUUAUCGACCGGCGAAACCAAGACUGUGAGGGACUACUUUCGAGAAACCUGCAAGCUGCAACUAAGUUACGAUUUUCUCCCCCGCCUGCAAGUUGGUACAGAGCAGAAACCCAACUAUCUUCCAAUGGAGGUUUGUGCAUUGGAGGCCAAGUUGCUGCUGUGGUGGUAUGGCAAGACUGUGAACUCAACUCAUCGGCUGUGGCAAAAUGAUCUCCCUACAAGUACUAACUAA